AUGUUUUUAUGUAAUGACUUCACUGGAGAGUGCAGCUACUGCUUCCGCGAUGUGUACUCUGGCCCCAUUCUCUACUGCGAAUGCAGUACUGAAAUGUGCCACUACCACAUAGAUAAACAUAAAACUAAUGACCACAAAAAAAUAUCCAUUGCUGUAUCUGGGCACCUGCCGGACAUUGUGGUUGACAUAGAAGACUACGGCGUGGGCGUUGAUAAAACUGAAACAGAGGACACUGUGCGGCAGUCUUUGAUACUUCCAAAAAUAGAAAGGAAUCUGCUGAAAAAGUGCACACAUCUGCCAAAUGUUGCAAAAAUAACAAUCGAUAGCAAAAAGUGCAGCAGCUGCGACAUAGACAGCAACUCGUGGCUGUGCAUCGAGUGCAACAAAGUGUUCUGUGGCAGAGAACAGUACGGCGUAGAGGGAAAAGGGCACGGAUUGCAGCACAGAGAAGAAAGCAAAGGAAAGUGCAAUACGUUCCUAAAGAUACAGAGCAUAGACAGCAGAAAGAGAAUAUGCGAUGUGUACUGCUACGAGUGCGAUGAUAUGAUAUCACACAGUCUGUUUGGCAAGAUAGAGAACAAACUAACGCCCACCCCGAGCUCUGAUGCUCUGAAUACCUUUGAAAUUUCGAAAAGACUGAACACAAAAAUCGAAGAUCUUCACUUGGAGACAGAAGGAAGCUCGAUCAUCCCGUACACUUUGGUCAGAAAAAAGGGCGGGCUUGCUGACCUAGGGAAUACCUGCUAUAUCUCAUCCAUACUGCAGGCCGUUACCUACUGUCUGUCUGAGUGCAUGGAGAGAUUCAACUCAGUCUACGAGAUAGAAUGCGAUAGCCCAAAGGAGUGCUUUGGCUGCCAGUUCAAGAAAGUGAUUAAACAGAUAGACAGAUCGCACAGGGAGGAGGUUGAGACAUUCUCAGUUGACAGGCUGUGCAGCAUUGUGCAGAGCGUGUACCCCAGCUACACCCUGGGAACUCAGCAGGAUGCCUCAGAGUAUUUCACCGAUCUAAUCUCUCUAGUAAAUAGCUACGAUGACAUGGGGCAUUUUAACGCGAUAUUUGACUGUUUUAAAAUAACGCAGGAAAUAAUGAUAGUCUGCGAUAAGUGCAAUACGUGCAACGAGCAGGAAGAGGUUGGGUCUAUUGUGUAUAUUGGAUCUCAGCAGAAGAUCCAAGAUUUGUUCAAGGAGGAAGAGCUGCCAUCUGUCUGCGACUGCGGGACCAAGAAAAAAAGAAAAAUAGUCAUACACAGUGCGCCAAAAAUAUUUACUGUUGGAAUAAAAAGAGACUUAUCAUCCGAGGAACAGUCGCCAACUGAAGAGUCUUUUGCAGUUGAAGACAAAGACGGCAGGAAAGUCAUGUAUACGCUGAUGGGCGCUGUAAUACACAAGGGCACAGUGCAGGCAGGGCACUACAUCACAGAAAUUCCGCUGAAAAGAUGUCCAAUGGGCGAGUCGAUAUACGAAGAGUACACAGAGAAGCAGUCGGUCAGCAUAAAAAAUAGAACACAGGAAGAAAGUAAAAAUAGAAGUAGCACGGCACACGGCAGCUCUUCUUCCGAGGGAUCUGCACAAAAGAAGUGCAAAAAGUACGAAACAGUCCCUAAAGAAAGAGCAUGGGUUGUUUAUGAUAAUGAAAAAACGGGCAUACAAGAGCUCCUCUCUUCCCAUGCAGCUGUUUUGUUUUAUAAAAUGUCUUCCAAUGAAUAA